GCAAGCCACGGGGUGAGGUUGUACAGUACAUGGGAUGCUAUGGGAUCUUUCAUAGAAGCUAUUGUGUUUCAAAGCACAAAACUGUGGGAAUCAAGAGACAAACGACUCGACGGUUUCCCGUUAAUGAAUUCCCCAGUGGCGUCAGUUGUAAUCUGCAUAGCUUACGUCUACAUCGUCAAAAUAUGGGGUCCGAAAUUCAUGGAAAACCGACCAGCCUUCAAGUUGCAAGGAACGAUGAUGACCUACAAUCUAUUUCAAAUCGUUUUCAACGGCUGGUUAUUUUACGAACUGGGCCGCUUCGGUUGGCUCAGCGGGAACUACAGCUUCAUCUGUCAGCCGGUCGACUAUUCAAACAACGAGGCAGCACUUCGGAUUCUCAGAGCAGGCUACUGGUUCUACAUAUCAAAGUUCAUUGAUUUGUUUGACACUUUGUUCUUUGUGCUUCGCAAGAAAAAUAACCAAAUCACGAUGCUUCACGUCAUCCACCACGGAAUACUCCCGAUGACGCUAUGGCCGGGCGUUCUUUUCGUUUGCGGAGGACACGCUUCUUUCUUUGCCUUUCUCAACACGAUCGUGCACGUCGUUAUGUAUUUCUACUAUUUGAUGGCGUCGAUGGGACCGCGCUAUCAAAAAUAUCUCGGAUGGAAGAAAUACCUGACCACGUUUCAAAUGGCUCAGUUCGUCGCUGCAUCGGCCCACUGUUUCCAGCUGAUGUUCGUCGACUGUGAUUUCCCAAUGGCUUUCUGUUGGUGGAUUGGCGGGCAUGAGUUGAUCUUCCUCUGCUUAUUUAUUAAUUUCUAUAGGAAAACCUAUUUUAAAAAGAAGGCAAUAACAAACGGCCCUUCAAGCACACCAAUGCAAACAACCCAAAAAGAUCUCUAACAUUUAAUAAGCUGCUGGCACAGAAAAUGUGUUGACAGUCUGAAAAAAAUAAAUUUGUGUUUCUCAUCAA